AUGGGUCUCAAGUCUUACUUCGCCCCCCGCAAGGGCGAAGACAAGAAGAAGAAUGCCGCCAAGCCAGACGUGUCCAACGAGAAGGCCGUCGAGGCCCGCCCUGACAGCCUGCCACCGCUUGACUCCCCUCGGCCUGCCUAUCUUGCAGGCUCGAGCGGUUCCUCUCCAUAUGGCUCCCGCCCGAACUCCCUUUACCGGAACUCAGGCAUGGACCAGUUGAGUGAAAUCAAAUGCGAUGUCAUGGUUAACUGGCUGCACUCUCAGCAGGAGGAAAAGCUGUGGUGCGCCGGCGAGUAUGAGGAGGGUGUUGUCUUGAAGAAGGCUCGCGGCUCGUAUGCAUGCUGCCCUGCCGAGCUGGCAGAAGAGCCGAAUGGCUUCUUGAAGGCCGUCGAGCAGCUCAACGUUCGCGUCGCAAUGACUGUCAACACCCGCGUCAUCAAGAUUCUGCUCCAUAACAACAACCUACCGUAUGUCGAAAUCCAGAAGGGUCUACGAGUCCAGGUGCUUCCCGAUAUAUCGUACCUGCCGCGUUGCCAGAAGCAUCAGUUCGCUGCCUUCAUUGCCGACCGUGGAAUUCUUGUCGUGUGGGAAGACCAGCCGAAAAAGCUGCUCGAGCGUAUCAAGAACAUCGAAUCUGCCCUUAUGGACAUGAUAUGGCAGGAGGGCGAAGACGGUGACGACGAGAAAAAGGAGGCCUCCUACGAGGUCUAUGAGCUUGAGGACCUAGAAGCCGCCGAGGAGAAGCCCCGUAAGACCGUGUUGAUCCAAGCGCUGAUCACCGCAUGCACUAUGAUCGUCACUUGCGCUGCCAUUGGUUCUGGCUGGCGUGAAAUCGCUGUCCAGCUGCAGGUCGAUGGCGACUACAUUCGCCUCGCGUUCGCCGCCGUGGUGAUUCCACAGGUCUGGCUGUCUUUGUUCUUCUUCCAGGCUCUCGUUGGCAACGUCGCACAAAUCAUUGGUCCCAUCGGCCAGGUCAACGAAAACAGCAAGUACUACUCUGGAAUCGCCCCUCGCCGACUGAACCGUGACACUGGUGUUCUCCCCCAUGUGACUAUCCAGUGUCCCGUCUACAAGGAAGGCCUUCACUCGGUUAUUGAGCCCACCAUCCGCUCCAUCAAGGCUGCCAUCUCCACUUACGAGAUGCAAGGCGGUACUGCUAACAUCUUCAUUAACGACGACGGCAUGCAGUUGAUCUCAGAGGAGGAGGCCCAGGCGCGUCGUGAUUACUAUGACGAACACAACAUUGGUUGGGUUGCUCGUCCGAAACACAACCCUAAGCCUGCUGAAGGCGAAGAGGUUUUCCUCCGUCGCGGCAAGUUCAAGAAGGCCUCCAACAUGAACUAUGCCCUCUGGGUCUCCAACCGCGUCGAAGAGAAGCUGCUCCCUCUACAUCGCUCCGAUACCUGGACUCAAGACGACGAAGCUGCCGCCUACCGCAAUGCACUUGCCGAGGUCGUCGCCGAAGACGAAGGUCGCACUUGGGCUGACGGCAACAUCCGCGUCGGUGACUACAUUCUGUUGAUUGACUCCGAUACCCGUGUCCCCAAGGACUGCUUCAUCGACGCCGUCAGCGAAAUGGAGCAAUCUCCACAGGUCGGCAUCAUCCAGUACUCUUCCGGUGUUAUGAACGUUACCGAUAGCUUCUUCGAGCGCGGUAUCACCUACUUCACCAAUCUGAUCUAUACGCAAAUUCGCUACUCGGUCGCCGGCGGUGACGUUGCUCCCUUUGUCGGGCAUAACGCUUGGUUGCGUUGGUCUGCGGUCCAGAACAUCGCUUAUGACUGCAAGGACGACCACCGCGAGAAGUACUGGAGCGAGGCGACCGUAUCUGAGGAUUUCGACAUGGCUCUCCGCUUGCAAACCGAAGGCUAUACCAUCCGCCUCGGUGCGUACAAGGGUGACGGCUAUAAGGAGGGUGUGUCUCUUACUGUCUAUGAUGAAUUGGCCCGUUGGGAAAAGUACGCGUACGGCUGUAGCGAACUGAUCUUCCACCCGCUUCGCUAUUGGCCUGUACGCGGUCCUUUCACCAAGCUCUUCCGCAGGUUCAUUGUGUCCAGCAUGCCGCUGCCCUCGAAGCUCACCAUUAUGGCCUACAUCGGUACUUACUACGCCAUUGGCUCUGCUUGGAUCCUCACCCUCCUCAACUACUUCAUUAUUGGCUGGUUCAAUGGCUACUACGACCACUACUACACCUCCUCGUUCGAGAUCUACUUCGGUAUUGUCGUCGUCUUUAAUGCCCUCGGCAAUGUCUCUCUCGGAAUUCUCCGUUACCGCACCGAGGAAAAGGCGCUCCUUCCCGCGUGGUUCGAAUGCUUCAAGUGGGUGCCACUUAUGACUUGCUUCUUGGGUGGCUUGUCCCUGCACGUCUCGCAAGCCAUCCUCUGCCACAUGUUCUCCAUCGACAUGUCGUGGGGCGCAACAGCCAAGGAGGCCGAGAACAUCUCCUUCUUCGAGGAGAUUCCGCGUGUGCUCAAGCGCUUCAAGUACACCUUCAUCUUCUGCAUCGCUUGCAUCGCCCUCAUGAUCUGCGGCGCCUACGUCUUCCCCCCGCUCUGGCAGGUCAAGACCUUUGUCGCCAUCUGGCCGCUGUGCACCAUCGUUGGUGCGCAUCUGCUUCUCCCUAUCGCCCUAAACCCGAACUUGAUGCUGUUCACGUGGUAA